GUGCCAUGAUUCGCAAACAGGAGGGUUUGGGAAAUAUUGUGGGUAUAUCAGUUGCGAGAGGGGCGCCUCGAGUGUCACAUUUGUUUUUUGCUGACGAUAGUUACCUCUUUUUCAGAGCUCGAGAUGAGGAAUGCCAAACGGUUAAAAAUCUUUUGCAAUCUUAUGAGGAAGUCUCGGGUCAGAAAGUCAAUCACCAAAAGUCUUCGGUUCUGUUUAGUCCGAAUUUGGGUGGAGAUUCCAGAACUCGUGUGAGCAGUUUUUUGGGGGUUAGCAGCGAGGAAACUAAUCCGAGAUAUUUAGGCCUCCAGGCAUUGGUAGGUAGAAAGAAGAUGGAUAUUUUGGGCUAUUUACUAGAGCGUAUUCUGAAGAGAAUUCAAAGCUGGAAUAACAGGUUCCUUUCAAAGGCGGGUCGUGAAAUCAUGCUAAAAACAAUUAUUCAGGCUAUGCCAACAUACGCGAUGAAUGUGUUCCUGCUCCCAAAAGAGUUGUGUUCGGAGAUAGAGGGCAUCAUGAAUGGCUAUUGGUGGCGGGGCUCAGAUCUUUCUCGACGGGGUCUACGAUGGAAGAGCUGGCAAUCCCUUUGUUACCCAAAACAGAAGGGAGGAUUGGGAUUCCAGUCAUUGCGUGAAUUUAAUAUAGCGAUGCUUGGGAAAGUAAACAAGCCUGGGGGAUUAUUAAAAGCCCUGACUCGUUAGUGAGCAGAAUUUUUAAAGCAAUAUAUUUUCCUAACUCUACAUUUUUGCAGGCUAAAUUGGGAUGUAAUCCCUCAUUUGUGUGGAGUAGUUUGAUUCAAACUCAGGAGUUAAUUGAACGAGGCCUGCGUAAGAAAAUAGGGAAUGGACAGACGACGUCCGUGUGGAGGGAACGGUGGCUGCCGGGGGUGGGAGAUGGCAGGAUUCACACACCUCCUCCGGCCGGAAUUGCCGACAUGAAUGUGGCAGCACUUUUAUCUGAGAAUGGGGAGUGUUGGAAUAUCCAAAAGAUUGAAGCUUUAUUCUCGGUGGAAGAGAGGAAGGCCAUACUUUCUAUUCUGUUAAGUAGAAGGAAGGUUGACGAUGGUGUGUGGUGGAAUGAGGAUUCAAAAGGGGCCUACACUGUCAGGUCCGGGUAUAGAACGUUGCGGGGUGAAUACGACGCUAACGGUUGGUUAGGUUGGACGAAAAUGUGGAAUUUGUGUAUCCCUCCCAAAAUAAAAUGUUUCUUUUGGCAGCUUAUGUCGGGGGUUUUGCCUACUGCGUCUAACUUGAGAAGGAGAAGAGUCAAUAUUGAUAAUGUUUGUAAGCUGUGUGAGGAAGAUUCUGAAACGGAAGAUCAUUUAUUCCGGUGUUGCAGAGUUGCUAAAGCGGUGUGGCAGCAUCUGGGCAUUCGUUUCAUGCGACAAGGUGAGUCUUUCAAUGCUUGGGUUCAAAGCUAUUUUGAAAGUCACGCAACGACAAGGUUUGGAAGCAUAAAACAAUGUCAUGGCAGCAAGUAUUGGAGGUUGCGGCUGCUGUUCUUAGGAGCUGGAAGGCUGCACAAGGCAAUACUACAGGAAGAAUCAAAGUGACGGAUGGGCCAACAGGCUGGAAGAAGCCGUCGGUGGGCACAAUCAAAGUUAAUGUGGAUGCGGCCUUGGAUUUGGGGCGGGGAAAACGAGCAUGGACUUGGGUGGCUAGAAAUGAAGAGGGCUGCUUCUUGCAAGGCGGCUGCCAAACAGUUUCGGCGGCUUGGACAGCAGGAAUUUCGGAAGCCAUAGGUGUUCGGGAAUCUUUAGCAUUCAUAAAAAGUCAGGGAUGACCUAGAAUUAAAUUGGAAACCGAUUCUCAGUUGGUUGUCUCCGGAUUGAUGGAUAGAGUUGGUGAGUCGUAUUUUGAUACGAUUAUUGAAGAUAUUAGACAUAUUCUUCGUAAUGAAGCUAGUAUUGAUGUCAUUCACUGCAAGAGGUCCGCGAAUGGACUAGCUCACAAAUUGGCUAGAGCUGCACUUUCUACGACGGAUGGUUAUAUACAAUUUUAUUAUCCACUUGAUUAUAUUGUAUCCCUUCUGGAAAACGAAAAGUUGAAUUAAUAAAAUGUUUAGUUUUCCUUUCAAAAAA